AUGGCAAAAGGUCGCUAUAGCCGCGACAAAUUUUGCAUCUUCAGUGGAGAUGGCGCCCUAUUGUAUAAGGCAAAAGCUAACAUGGGGGAUGACGUCCAUCAAACAGUCCCAAAUCUGAUCCAGGCACAAAAAGACUCAGCUAGACUCAUGAAGACUAUCUUCGUGCGUCAUAAUGUCCUGGAAUUUACAUCAACGGAUCUAAGUAAAAAACACUGGCACUUGGCUUGCGUUGGAGCGAGGCGUACGCUGCCAAGAGGCGAAGCGCAGUCGAACUGCGCUUGA